CGAAACUGCUAACAUCUAGUAUUAAUAUAUAAAUAUGUCUUACCAAGAAAGUUUUGAUUCUCCGAUGGUUUGCCUAGACAGAUAUUGUCCCAAAGUAUUUGAUCCACAUCAAAAUGCCGUCAUGUGCAGGUGUUACCAAGCACAAACAACAAGUCCUUCUUCAAGGAUGUCUGCAUCUUUGCCAGUCGUCUCAUCACAGGGGUCGCCACCUUCAUACCUUGGUUCCAUGCACUACGGAGAAAACCAGACUGUACCACAAUCCUCGCUGCAUUACCCAUCAUACCCAGGGUAUGCACCCAGUUAUGACGUAUAUGGAAUGAUGCAAAGUAUUUACCCACAAAUUUCACCGAGUAUUGCAACUACAGAUGUGUCUAUGUACAGUGGUCAUCAAGGAAUUCCAUAUGCCCAAACGGCUCAGAUGGACCAGUUGUUGAGAACUCAAGUGAAUGAUUUCUGGAACUUUCAACAAUUGAGUAAUCAAGUGAACGGUAACGAUAUACCGGCAACGAAACAAAGUAGCAGACUAUUGAAAACAUGGCUGAGAGAACACAGGAAGAACCCAUACCCAACCAAAACGGAAAAGGUCAUGUUAGCCUUCUCAACGCGCAUGACUAUGACACAGAUCUCUAAUUGGUUCGCAAAUGCAAGGCGCAGAAUGAAACAACAAAAAGAUAAAGGAAACACAUCAGAUGGUGCCAUCAGCGAUAUAUCCGAUGACGACGACAAAGACAGCUUGAGUAAAUCUUCAACACCAGACGAUAACCUACAAUCGAGGACAGGUACAACAUGUCUACCAACACCACAGCUUAAUUUAUCAAGCUACCUUCAAGAAAGAGAUGAGUUAAUGAAAAUACAUCAACCUCUGAUAAAAAACGAAUCAGUCAUAGCUACAGAUUCAAAGGGAGAUAAUUCAAAAACUAAACCUGAUACUGUAACGCAAGAUAAAUGUAUGGAGCCAUCGAAAAAGUCAACGAUAUGGUCGGUGUCCAGUAUAUUGAGCUAGACUGUCAAAGAUUUGUUGGUUAUUCAAUUAUAGUGCAAUAAGACUAUAUGAGUGUUCAUAAUUUUGAAACUUGAUAUUUGAUUUGUCUUUCAAGAUAGGUUUAUAGUGCUAAAUAAAUAAAAGUUGA